UUUGCCACUGGCACUCUGCGAUCUCUUAAAUCAGUCGCACUUGUGUAAGGGAUAGUGAGAGUUUUGCAUCUCUCCUGCCACGAUUCCUCACUCGUUCAGUAAAGACGCCUCCUCUCCACUGCAGUCUAACGUCAUGGCUCUUCAGCUCAGCGGCGGGUGAGUAGCAGCUGAUUUAGAGCAGACUCACACCCUACCCUGAUGUCUGGAAGAUGAGCGGUGUCCUUUAGAGUACCGGAGAUGGGCUGCACGCCUUCUAAAGCCAACAUCACAUACACUCAUGAGCAUGUGUGUGGGGAUCUGGACACCUGCUCCACCUUCUUACCGAGUGUCAAAAGCUCCGUGUCCACGCCGGAGAGACCCGCAACCAGACUGCGCGUGGACCCCGGUGCCAACUGCAAAGAAACUUUCCUUACCGUGCCUAGUCGGGACUGUUAUGGCCGCUUGGCGAGUCAGCAGCCUGAGAGCCCGGACGCGUGGAGCGCGAUGAGUACAGCCAGUCCCUUCGCACCGAGGACCAGCGACUCCAGCGACUCUGAAGGCAGCGAGGCACCUGCCGGAAAGCGGUAAAAACCGUCGCACGUCAGUGAACCUAAUUAACGACACUUUGGCAGUGUUGCCUGGGAGACGCUUUCAGGCACUGAGCUACUCUAUUAGCACAGCAGCUAGUUAUUCCAGGCUUUUCUCGUCGGAUUGAACUUUUACCUGUAUUUGGGCAUUUUAAUAACCACUUACGCAUUAUUCUGCCGUAUACAUAAAUUCGAAUAAGUCGAAUUUAGGAGGCGAACAAAAAGAGAAAUAUGAUCGCGCCACAGCUUGACUCUCCAAUUCUCGCGGUGUUUGGACACUGAAUUCUCGCGAGCGUCUGCGGAUUCCGAAGGCGAAGAGGAGAAAUGGAGAGAUGAGGGCUGAAAAGGAGCCGACAACGGGAAGCAGAGAGAGAGGCGUCGUCGAGAUACAGCUGAGGGACGCUCAGAGGGAGCAGGACAGCGCCACGGCCAAUUCGAAGCACAAAGAGGAGAAAAAGGAAAUCUUCACCAAGGUUGUGAUUCGACGUCUUCCACCCAGCCUGUCAAAAGACCAGCUUGAGGAGCAUCUCAGUCCACUGCCUUCUUAUGACUAUUUUGAGUUCUUUCCUGCUGAUCAAAGCCUGUAUCCACAUCUUUUCUCCAGAGCAUACAUCAACUUUAAAAACCCAGAGGAUAUUGUUCUCUUCAGAGAUCGUUUUGAUGGUUACGUUUUUAUUGAUAAUAAAGGUCAAGAAUAUCCAGCUAUUGUAGAAUUUGCACCUUUUCAGAAGGUUUCAAAGAAGAAGCUCAAGAAGAAAGAUGCCAAAGCAGGAAGCAUUGAAGAAGAUCCAGAAUACAAACGAUUUCUGGAGAACUACUCUUGUGAUGAGGAGAAGUCAAUGGCCAAUCCAGAAACACUGUUGGGAGAAAUUGAGGCUAAAACAAGAGAGCUCAUAGCUAAAAGGACAACGCCACUUCUGGAGUACAUUAAGAACAAGAAGUUGGAGAAGCAGAGAAUUCGGGAGGAAAAAAGGGAAGAGAGGAGACGCCGAGAACUGGAAAAGAAACGGCAAAGGGAAGAGGAGAAAAGGAAACGGCGAGAAGAGGAGAGGCGAAAACGGAAAGAGGCAGAGAAGCAGAAGAAACUCUCAGAAAAGGAUAUCAAAAUCAAGCUUUUGAAGAAAUGUGACAGGGAUGAUGAGGUGGAAUCAGACAGACUGAAAGACAAAGGAGACAGUGGAGAGACGGAGAGGAACAAGUGGGAGAAAUCCACAGGCCACACCAAGGCAAAGGAACCUAAAGACAAAGUUCAGUUGGAGAGUGAUAAGGAGCAGCGGGAUGGCCACGGCCGCCGGCAGAGAGAUAAAGACCACAGGGGCCGAGAAGAGGAGCGGAAGCGGCAACGGCAUCACUAUGAGUUCGAUAAGUUCAUGCGCCGCAAGGAGGAGACCAAAUGGGGCAAAGGUUACUGUCACGACCGGGCAAAGAAAGAUGGUCACCACCAUGGCUACUCCUACUGCCCUGAGAUGGGGGACAAGUCAAGCAAGGAGGACCGGGAUGACAUGGGGAGCAGGAAGGAACGUAUUCGUAAUAAGUCUGUAUUAGUGCAUCAGGAGAAAAGGACCUCCCAGUCUGAGGGGCCAGACCAGAUAGGAGGGGCUCUGCCAGCCAAGGACCGACCUGCCAUGCAGCUGUACCAGCCAGGAGCUCGUAACCGUAAGCGCAUGGGGUCUGGGAACAAAGGCUUUGACUUCAGCCGGCUCUCUCCGGAGCCAAGCACUGAACCCUGCUAUGAGCUGACCAUAGGAACAGGCUCUGAGAAAAGUGGAGAUGAGUGACAGAAAAAGCAUGCUUCACCUACAGGCAAGAGGCAGAGUAGUAGUAUGGCCAGAGAAUAAACCUCCCUGAUCAUGUUCUUGAUGUGCUCUGUCCUUAUUUCCAUGCACUGUGUCAGCUGUAUAUUCAAACCCAUAGAUUAUGUUAAUGUUAUUAGAUUCUACUGUAUGUUUGAGUUUCAUGUCAAAGAACACUGCCUCACUGGGUUCACAUUUUUCUACAUUUUCACAACAUAGGCACUUAUCAGAUGUUGUUUGUUGACCUCCACUCUACAAUCACAUCCCUCAUCAUUUACAGAGGACAUAUUUAUAUGCUUUUUUUAGUGAAUCAUAUAGAAUCCAUAACAUGUGAGAGUUUAUGGAUAGUGUAGUACAGAUAGUGUACAGAUUUUACUGUAAAAAUCAUAAGCAAAUGUUGUGAAAUGCAUAUUUUUAAUAUAUAAAAUGUAUGUUUCUGUUGUGCAACUGCAGAAUAGGUUCAAAAGAGAAACUAAUAAAAUGUAUGUGUGCAUAUGCACAUUACUUCUUUUAUCUUGGAUGUAAAAAUCACUUACCCAAUUUAAUAAUUCAGUAUGUACCUCUUAAUUUUAGAUAAUAAUAAUACUAAAAUGCUAAUGCCUGCUUUUUAUAUAUUAAACUGACAUUUUGUACUCUUGUAGUACUCCUAAAUUGAGCCUAACUCAUAAUAAUUAUUAUAACAAAUAAGCAACAUUUCACCUGCGAGCCAAGAAGUACACAUUUUGGCUUUCAUUAAAAGCUAUGGAGAAUGACUAAGUUGACUUUUACUCAGAUCUAUGUAAAAUGUCAUCAGAACAUCAAUCAUGCUUUUUAUAUGGUUGUACAAUUGAUGGCAAUCAUGUUUUACAUGCCUCGGUGACACACCAUUUCUUUGCUAAAGAUGACAAGGUUCUUUUGCUCUCAUUUGAAAGACCAUGAAAACCAAGCCUUUUCACAUAAAUAAUUACAUUACAAUGCAUUUUGAUGGAAUUAUUAAUAUUGUUUGUCUAAAAUAAAAUUUCACAUUGUAGAAAGAACAGUGCAUCUAUUUGUUUAAAAAUACUUUAAUAAAAUGAGAACUGAUUUCAGAUCAAGUAUCAGAACUGGCACAGAAAUUUAAUACACAGUGAAGAAGUACACUCAACAAUGAACCAACUGUCAGUAGGCAUGUUUGCAUACAGAGCUCACCCCAACACCAAAGGUUUUUUUUUCCUGUAAUUGACAUAAACCUUAUAUUCAGAAUGAUGAUACUUCUAUUUUAUUAGUAUUUAAGGUCAGGAACAUGCCAGUCACGAAAAACAGUACACUACAAAAAAUGACUUGGCAAAUAUUUUGAAUAUAGUGGAAUUUAUCUAGUAUUUCCUAUUAGAAGGUUACAGUAAACCAAAUGUAAGAUUAUUAAACCUAGACAUUUCUACUAAUUUCAAGCUUUACAUUUUCUUGUUUUAUUGGCAGA